AUGACUGCAGCACUUCGGAUCCUCCAAUACGGCGUGCCUGCUGAUGCUGUAGACGAGUACAUUAGAAUCGGCGAAAGUACUGCAAUUGCCGCCUUAAAUUUUUUUACCAGAUCAAUUGUUGCUACCUAUGAAGCCGUUUACUUAAGAUCUCCAAAUGAAGCAGAUGUCGCCAGAUUAUUGCAAGAGGGAGAGCAACGCGGGUUUCCUGGAAUGUUAGGGAGUUUGGAUUGUAUGCACUGGCGUUGGGAUAAAUGUCCAAGUGCCCAUGCCGAUGCUUACACUGGACACUAUCACAAACCAACAGUUAGGACGUGCCCUGCUGCCAACUACACCAUCAAUAAUCACGCAUACACCAUGGGGUAUUAUCUUGCUGAUGGUAUCUAUCCUCGUUGGGCAACGAUUGUGAAAACAAUAUCUCAACCUCAAGGCGCAAAGAGACAACUAUUUGCGAGGAUGCAGGAGGCAUGUCGGAAAGAUGUCGAAAGGGCAUUUGGAGUGCUCCAAGCACGAUUUAAUAUUGUCAGCGUGCCGGCUAGAGGUUGGAGUGAUGAGGAUCUAUAUUACAUCAUGAAGACGUGUAUUAUUUUGCACAACAUGAUCAUUGAAGACGAGCGUGAUAUUCCAGAAAAUGAACACAGUGCAGCACAACUUGAGACUGAUACUAGUAAUUUGGGCUGUCAAGUGUCACGCGAUCCGAAUGAGGAGUACGCUCAAUUUAUGUUGAAUCGGCAAAGGAUUAGAUCUGUUGAAGCCCAUAAUGUAAUUCGUAAUGAUCUAAUUGAACACUUGUGGUCCCGAGCUGGAGAGUUAGAUUAA